AUGUCAAAAGACUCAAUCAAGAACGAGCCGCUGUACGAUGAGAAGCUGGAUGGCCAAAGUGUUGAAAAUGGCGCCCUGAAGUCUUCGUUCCAAUUUUCUGCCAGCGAAGAGAAAAAGCUAGUUCGGAAAAUUGAUUUGAUGGUUCUUCCAAUCAUGCUGAUCGCCUAUAUGAUGGCUUUUCUGGAUAAGCAGACAUUGAACUACACCUCCCUUAUGAGUAUUCGAGAGGACCUUCAUCUGGUUGGCUCCCAGUAUAAUUGGUCAUCUAGCAUAUUCUACUUCGGAUACUUGUUCUUCUCGUACCCAGCAUCUUUGUUGAUGGUCAAGUUCCCACUCGGCAAAUAUCUUUCUACGGUCUUUAUUUUGUGGGCCAUCGUUCUGGCCUGUCAUGCAGCUACUACGAACUUUGCUGGUCUGAUGGUGGCACGUUUCUUUCUCGGGUGUACAGAAGCAAGCCUCUCUCCAGGCUUUACACUGAUCACUUCGCUUUGGUACAGAACAUCUGAACAGCCACUUCGUCAUGGUAUCUGGUUUUGCGGAAAUGCCUUAUCUACGAUCUUUGGAAACUUGAUCGCUGUUGGAAUACUGCAGAUUGACAAUAGUCUCAAGGCAUGGCAGUGGCUAUUCAUCAUCUUUGGAAUCGUUACAUUCCUAUUGGGAAUUGUCAUGCUCUUCAGACUCCCGGAUUCGCCUACUUCUGCGAGUUUCCUCACCGAAGAGGAAAAGCUCAUUGCAACAGAACGAAUCAAGGCAAAUCAGACUGGGUUCAAAAAUUCGACCAUUGAUAACUCGCAGAUUAUGGAAGCAUUUACGGAUGUCAAGACUUGGUUGCUUGCAAUCUUGAUAUUGGCUGGCAAUAUUCCAAACGGUGGUUUCACAACGUUCAACGGAUUGGUCCUACGAGGGUUCGGCUUUUCAACUUUCAAUACACUGUUGCUCGGUAUACCAGGUGGUGUGAUUGUCUUCACCUUCGUGUUGGUGUCAGGUAUCAUUUCAUCAAAGGUGCCCAAUAGCCGGUGUCUCGUUAUGGUCGGAUGCUACAUGAUAAGUAUCAUUGGCAGUGCUCUCAUCUAUGCCACCGACACUCUGGGUUCCCAAUAUGCAGGCCUACUUCUCAUGGGAAUCUACUCAGCUACAAUGCCGAUUUCGAUGGCAAUGAUCAGCUCCAACGUAGGUGGCUUUACAAAGAAAGCUACCGUCGGUGCAAUUUACUUCAUCAUGUACUGCACCGGCAAUAUCAUCGGCCCGCAGCUCUUUUUCGAAAGAGAAGCGCCAAAAUAUCAGAGUGGAUUCCUGGCUAUCAUUAUUUGUUUAAUUAUAUGUGUGAUUGACGGGUUUGCGCUUUUGUUCUAUCUGCGUUGGACAAAUAUUAGACGCGACAAGCAGCGCAUGGAGACAGUGUCGGAGGACCAUGAGAAACAUGACGUUGCUCAGACACAGCUGGUCGAUGCCACAGAUCUAAAGAACAAGGGAUUCAGAUAUGUCUUUUAG